CUACCUAAGCAUUCUAUUGGCGGUCAGAGCGACGUCCGCACCGCAUCAUCUCUCUGUAUCUUGGGUGCGGAAUAAAUACACCAGCAGACAUCUGUACCUUAGCAACUCCUAUCUCCGCAUCCCCUCAGGUGCGGCCAAUAUCAAUGACUAUAACGACACGAUAACGAUGACAUGAGAUUCCCAAUCCGAUAUACACCACGCUUAUAACAUCCUCGAAUCACGAAUUAGAGUGAUGCUGCACGAUUUAAAGCAUUGAAGUUCCCUUCCUCAGCAGGACGAUUGUCCGAAUCCUAUCUAUCCACCAUGCCGUUUUCUCCCUAAUCAUAAUCAACAAAGCCGGCGGCUUGAUCUACCAGCGCGAGUUCCAGCCGGGCCUGCGCAAACUCUCCACAAAUGACUACCUCGUCCUUGCAGGGACGUUUCACGGCAACCGUCAUACACAGCGUCCACGCCAUCACCCGCUCCAUCACCCCAAAAUCCCCAUUCCCGCGCCCCUCCCAACAACACCCGCGUCCUCCUCAAACGUCGCCCUCUCGUCGCCCUCGGGCACAUCCACCCCGACGCCGGCCGCGUCGGCAUACAGUCUCCCUAACCCCGGCGUACCGGUGACGGGACUCGAAUCGCUCGAGACGGAUAAGUUCCGGUUAACGUGUUUCCAGACCUUGACGGGGACCAAGUUCCUCUUGUUCACGGAUCCGCUCAUGGCGAACAUUGAUGCGGUGAUUAAGAAGAUCUACGAGUUAUAUUCAGAUUAUGUGAUGAAGAACCCUUUUUAUCAGCUGGAGAUGCCUGUCCGGUGCGAGGCGUUUGAUCGACAUCUAGGUGGUUGGUUGAGAGGAAGAACAUGAUGAGUUGGCGGGACUGAGAUUAGACCACUUUUGAGUGCUGGCGAAUGGACUAUGCUCGCUACUUGGCGAAGUGGUCAGUGAUGACAUGGAGUACGGUUUUGUGGCAUGAUAGACUUUGCAAUACAAUCCAUAUCACUUCUUCAAAGC